ACCCGUGUCCCCUGCAUCGGCAGGCGGACUCUCAACCACUGCGCCACCAGGGAAGCCCCCAUGGCAGGCGGAUUCUUAACCACCACGCCACCAGGGAAGUCCCUCACUGUGGUUUUGAUUUGCAUUUCCCUAGUGACCAAUGAUGUUGAUGUUGACCAUCUUUUCAUGUGGUUGUUGGCCAUUUAUAUAUUUUGUAUUUUAAAAUGUCUAUUUAAGUCUUUUGCCCAACUUUUAAUUGAGUUGUUUAUCUUUUUGUUGUUGAGUUGUAUAAGUUCCUUAUAUAUUAUGGAUACUAGACCCUUAUCGGACAUGUGAUUUGCAAAUAUUUUCUACCAUUUUGUGUAUAGCUUUUUUUUCACUUUGUCAAUGGUGUCCAGGAGUUCAUUUUUGUAGAAAAUAAGAUACAUCUCUUUCAUUGAAACAAUCGGAACAGGGACUUCCGUGGUGGUGCAGUGGUUAAGAAUCCACCCGCCAACUCAGGGGACGCGGGUUCAACCCCUGGUCCGGGAAGAUCCCACGUGCUGCGGAGCAACUAAGCCCGUGUGCCACAACUACUGAGCCCGCAUGCCGCAACUACUGAAGCCCGCACGCCUAGAGCCUGUGCUCCGCAACAAGAGAGGCCACUGCAAUGAGAAGCCUACACACCGCAACAAAGAGUAGCCCCCCACUCACUGCAACUAGAGAAAGCCCAUGCACAGCAACGAAGACCCAAGCAGCCAUUAAUUAAUUGAUUGAUUAAUUAAUUAAAAAACAAUCUGAACAAAUAUUGUCAUAAACAAAUGGUGGUUGUCUCUGGAUAGUUUAGAUUGUCACUAUUUUAUGUUAUUUCUGAAUUAACCCUGGCAAUGAUUUGCAGAUUGGUAAAUGGAAAGUGAAAGUUUCCAACUGUUAGCUCAUGUUAUGAUGUGUGUGCGUCUUGCAAAGGACCCGAGGUGUUGGACAUGCAGGGGGUUUCUGAACACACACCCCUGGAGGUGGGGAUGGUGUCACAGUCCCCAGGCCCCGCUGUCCAUGUGGAAAGCCCCAGCCCACCCCUACCUCAGUUUCUUGUCAUUGUCAUUCUGUUUUGUUUCUGCUAUUCACUCCAGGGCCCGCCUUGGGAAAAGGAAACCGAAACUGAAGCUGAAUUCGGCUACUGUGUGGCUGGCUCCCCGACACCGCCCUCUGACAUCGUUGCUCAGGCUUUAAAAGGGCUGAGCUGCCAGGGCUGGAGAAGAGCUGAGAGCGGAGAGGCAGCCAACCAGUGUUUGCGGAGGACCUGGCGCCAGAGCCCACAGCCAUGGGUAGGAACCUGAAGGUGAAGAUGCUAGGGGGCCAGGAGAUCCUGGUGCCCCUGAGGGACUCCAUGCUGGCAUCCGAGCUGAAGCAGCAGAUCGCCCAGCAGAUCGGCGUGCCCGCCUUCCAGCAGCACCUGGCCCACCAGGACACUCACCAGGUGCUGCAGGACGGGGUGCCCCUGGUCCGCCAGGGCCUGGGCCCCGACAGCACCGUCCUGCUGAUGGUACAGAGCUGCAAAGAGCCCCUGAGCAUCCUGGUGAGGAAUGACAAGGGUCGCAGCAGCACCUACGUGGUCCGGCUGACGCAGAGGGUGGCCGAGCUCAAGCAGCAAGUGUGCCAAAAGGAGCACGUGCAAGCCGACCAGUUCUGGCUGACUUUCGAGGGGAAGCCCAUGGAGGACGAGCGCCAGCUGGGGGAGUACGGCCUCACCACCCUGUGCACCGUGUUCAUGAAUCUGCGCCUGCGGGGGGGCGGGGCGGGGCCAGGAGGGCCGUGGGGAGGGCACCCCACUGGGCACCAGGAACACAGUUGUGGCACCCUCUGUAGCACCCUUCUGUGCCCUUCUGGUGAGACUGGGGGAGGGGCGGAGGAGGGAGUGGUGCGAGGGGACCCAGGGUCGCUGGGGGAUCGAUCAGCAGGCUAGGGCGGCCAAGUUAAGGGACAAGCCUAGUGGGAUCAAAAUGGUGACCUCCCCCCGCCCCCAGAGAAACUGAAGAUAUGUCCCCACAUCUUUGGGAAAUUAACUUCUAGAGAAAUAAAAAGAGGCGUAUCUGCUGGAGCCCAUCCGUGUCUUCACAUUGAGCCAUGGUCAGCCCCUGCCUGCACAACUGGUCCCCACCCCUCACAUCUGGGUCAGCAGAUAGCACAGGGAGGGGAAGGCCUGGUGAGGUCCCAAAGGCCACAAGGCGAGUGUCCCUGGAGGCGGUGAGUCCGUAGGGCCUGCCUGGGCCAGUUGUGAGGGAGGCUUCCCCACACCAGCUGGGGGCUGGGGGCCUCUUGGCCCUCCAGGAACCAUCAGCCUGCACUGUCCAGCCUGCAUUGGUCUGGGGAAAAGUGGUGACAGGGCCUUGGGCACACACAUCGCCAUCAGGGCGAGCUGCUGAAUCAGCAGAUACACCCUCCUUCAGGGUUCACUUCAUGGAGGGGCCACAGCCAGUAGGUGAGGGGGUACCUGGGAUGGGGGUUCCUCCCAUCCAUGUGGAAGAGUUUGUCCCAGAUAGGGGGCACCUAAUUUGGCAAAACUAUAGCUGCUUCCACACCGGAUGCGUCUUUCUGUGCCAGUUUUCCACAUGAGCCACUCGGGAGCCAGGCUGAGUCAGCCUUGGACACGGGUGUGGGGGAGCAUAGAACGUACACCUCUCUGGGCCAAAGUCCAUGACUCUGGAGACACUCAGCCCUCAGCCUUCAGACUCUUCAGUGGCAUUUGGCUGGAGACCCAGAAGCCCCCUUUCUGGUCUGUGGGGGUCCGUAUCUGAGCUGGGGGGCCCCCCAGGUCUGGCUUGCCUGUGACAGAUAUGUGUAGACAUGCAGGUGUGUGCGGGGGAGGGCUCCUGGCUCCAACCUCAUUUCCUGGGCCCCCAACCUCACCUCUCUGUCAUACUGUAACUUAACAAGGGUGAGCACACCCCCUUGGUGCCACCCUCCUUUCUCGAACCCCCCCACCAGGGUCGAGGCGAGGUGGGGUGCUCCAGAGGGGGCUCUGCUGCUCGCCCUUCAUUGCCUCCGGCUCAGACAUCUGUGGCUGGCUUGGGUGAGGGGACGUGCGGCAGACCCGGCCCUGGAGGGACAGAGGGGUCUCCUCUCCCUCCCCACCCCCACCAUCUCCAGCUAGGUCGGGGUCUAAUUUGGAUCCUCUGGAUCUCGGUUUACCCCCCUGGACCCUUCGGGAAUGUCUGGAGAAGCGCCUUGGGGGAGCUGGGGAGGGGGCGUGGCUGGCCGUCCACCGCAGACGCGAUCGCCGCCUCGGACAGCAGGGGGAGCCCGCAGCCCUGCAGAGGGGCCGGAGCUGACCCGGGACCGGGAGGUGGGCGGGUCUGCGCUCCGUUGCGACCAAUCGCCGCAGCCCCCGGCCCGCAUUGGUCCCGGCAGGCCGGGGGUCCCGGGCCGGCCGAGCUUCCGUCCCCAGUUCCAGCGAGGGGCUGGGGUCCCCCGUCGGGUUCCUCCUGCCGGGGGAGGGGCGCAGCCCUGCAGGGCUCGAGGGGCGGCGGGGCCCCGGAUCUGGCAGCCCCUCCCCGCGGCCGGGGAGCCCCCGCCGCCCCAGCCCCGGCGCAGCCUGGAGCCCCUUGGAAGUCCCGUCACGUCGCUUCCAGAUUAUGCAUUAACCCGAUUUCAGCCGCAUUUCCUGGCGGGGGUGGGGAACGUCCGCACAGGCGGGGGAGGGGCGUCCGUGGGGGGUGCGCCGCAGCAGAGAGAGCACCCUCGAUCCCGCCCCGCCCCCGCCCCUCGGCCGGGCCAGGCCCAUCACCCACAUA